AUGCCGCAUUCUACCAAACAGGUAUUACUGAAGCACCUGUUUGGCGGUGCGCGCGCGAUCCUGACCACCCCUGCUCGGGCACCCCGUCUGCUUGCUGCUGCGGGGGACGCUAUGCCCAAGUACUCGUAUGCGUACCAACUGUGCGUCCGAGUACCGGCCAUGCAUUCGGGGUACCUUCGUUCGAAGCCCUCACGACGGGGUGGAUCGAAAGGCUCGCUUCCCCCCCAUGACUGGCUUGCCUCCUCUGCCGUCUCCGCAUUGCCCCAUGGCCCAUCCAUCCCAUGGGCCGCCUUCGUUGGACCGGAGCGGUCGAGGCGGACGAGGGUACAAAAAAGUCGCCUGGCCCACGAUGCGCUCUCGCUCUCGCUUCUCCGUUCCUUCGCUCGUUCGUACGUCUCGCCCGCCGUUUCGUCGCCGUCGUGUACACAAUCGGGUAGUCGCCUGUCGCGCUCUCGAUUCACCCGGCUUCUAAUUUCGCCUGCCCUCCCCUUCCGAGUCGUCAGCAGCAGCGGCAUCUCCUUCCGCAUGGCUCACAACGACACCGUCGUCCCCGUCAACGCCGACGGGACGACGACCGACACGCACAUGGCGCCGGCCCACGAGCACCGGCACGAGGUCCCGGCCGGCUUGGAUCGCAAUCCCGACCCGGCCCUCGAUCCUGCCAACCAGCAUCGUCACCCGCACAGGCACCACUCGCCGCGUGUGGACGCUGCCGGCCACGUCGAUGCCGUCUACACCACCGGCACCACGUUCGACCCGACCCUCAUCCCGACCCAGAAUCACGUCAUGGACGGCCACGGCGCCGACGGCAAGAUGCCCAUCGGCACCCCGCCCGACUACAGCGACCAUGAGAAGGCGCGAGAGCUUCACGCGGUGGACCACGCUUCCACCUCCCCGCCCUCGCGCUUUGCCCGUCUCGGGCCCAUCUACUGCCACCGCCGCAUCAUAUUGCACCUCCUCAUCUUCAAGUUCGCCACGAGCAUCUGGAUCGCCUCCCUCGUCCUUCACAGCCACGACAAGAACUGGGUCGUCCCCUUCCUCGUUUGGCUCUGCAUCAGUCUCCGUAUGCUCUUCUUCCACGUCCCCAUCCGUUACGUCUCCGAUCCCAUCCACUGGCUCUGGCAACGCACCGCCGUCGCCAUCUAUGACCGCAUCCCUCCCAAGCUCCGGACGCCGUGCGGUGCCUUCGUCACCGUCGCGGCCAUCGUCGCCGGCACCUUCGCCUCCGAGGAGUUGGGCGACAACAACCGGGCCAAUCGGGCCAUCAGCUUGUUCGGCAUGGCCGUCAUCAUCUUCUGCUUCUGGCUGACGAGCGCGGCCCGCAGCCGCGUCAACUGGCGUACCGUCAUUGGCGGCAUGCUUGCCCAGUACGUCAUCGGUCUCUUCGUCCUCCGCACGACGGUCGGCUACGACAUCUUCCGCUUCAUCGCCGAUCGCGCAGGCAACCUGCUCGGUUUCGCCUCCGAAGGUGUUACCUUUCUCACGGAAAAAAAGGUGGCGGCCCUUCCGUAUUUCUUCAUCGGCGUCAUUCCCGCCAUCAUCUUCUUCAUCUCUCUCGUCCAAGUCCUCUACCACAUAGGCUUCCUUCAGUGGUUCAUCGUCAAGUUCGCCACCUUUGUCUUCUGGGCCCUCGGAGUGUCCGGCGCCGAGGCCGUCGUGGCGGCCGCGACCCCCUUCAUCGGCCAGGGCGAAUCCGCCAUGCUCGUCCGGCCGUUCGUCCCUCACAUGACCAAGGCCGAGAUACACCAGAUCAUGACUUGCGGUUUCGCCACCAUCUCCGGCUCCGUCCUCGUCGGCUACAUCGGCCUCGGCCUCAACGCCGAGGCUCUCGUCUCUUCCUGCAUCAUGUCCAUCCCAGCCUCCCUCGCCAUCUCGAAGCUGCGAUACCCCGAGACGGAGGAGACGCUGACGGCCGGCCGCGUCGUCAUCCCCGACGACGACGAGCACAAAGCCGAGAAUGCGCUCCACGCCUUCGCCAACGGAGCUUGGCUGGGCAUCAAGAUUGGCGGCACCAUCAUCGCAUCGCUCCUCUGCAUCCUCGCCGCCGUCGGACUCAUCAACGGCCUCCUCACUUGGGUCGGCAGGUACCUCAACAUCAACGAUCCGACCCUGACGCUGCAGACCAUCUUGACUUACCCCAUGUGGGUUGUCUCCUUCCUCCUCGGCGUUCCGCGAGAGGAUGGCGACAUAUACAAGGUGGCGAGGCUGAUUGCCGAGAAAAUCAUUACCAACGAGUACAAUGCGUUCAAGGCGCUUACCUCCGAACCAUACUAUGCAAAGCUCUCACCGCGCUCUCGGCUCAUCGCUACUUAUGCCCUCUGCGGCUUCGGAAACAUCGGCUCUCUGGGCAUCCAGAUCGGCAUCCUCGGCCAGCUCGCGCCCUCGCGCGGUGGCGAAGUUUCGAGGUUGGCCCUGUCCGCCCUGAUCUCGGGCGUCAUGUCGACCAUGACGUCGGCCACCGUCGCCGGCCUCGUCGUCACCUCCCAAAUCACACAAUUUACUGCUGCCCCGACACCUGGGGCCUAG